GAGAGAGCCACGCACGCCUUCCCUCCCUCGCAAACGCACAAGCGCCACGAGAAGGAAACAAGGAGCCGAGCGAGCGAGCGAGCGUUUCCAGUUUUGAUUCGAUUGCGAUUUUGAGAGAGAAGAGAGUAAGAUCGGAGCAGGCAAGAAGGCAGCGCGGCCCCGAUUCGUUGCCGUAUUGGUCGCACCAACCGCCGCCGCGAACUGAAUCCAAUCGACCGCGACGUGGUGGGAUUCGUUCCCCGCCCUCCGUAAGAUUUCUGUUCUGUUAUAAGUGAUCUGAAUGGUCCUUUAGGGUUCGGAGUUCUUCCAAAUUCUUCCCUUGACAUUGGAGGAAGAGGGUGGCAUUUUGUUCCCCCUUUUGUUUCCUUUUCCGUGUCCCCUUUUUUGUUUUCAUUUCCAUUUUUGGCCUAGGGUUUUCCUUUCUUGAUUUUCGGCAGUUAUGGUUGUUUGAGACUUCUAUAUCCUGCCCCUCUUGAGAGAAGUGCGUCCCUGGAGGGGCUCUGUAUGCGGAUUCAGUGAAUUUGGUAGAUUAACUCUUCUGAUGAUGCUAAUUUAGAGCCAAUGGGGAUGGCGUUUUGACAAGAUUCACAGUUGGCCUCAUCGAAAUAGUACGGUUGGAUUCUUCUGAUAGGAUAUUUAGGGAUAGGAAAUACAUUCGUUGGAUAAAUUUGUUAUAAAUUGUCCAAUUGUAGAGAGCAUUAGCUGUAUAUAGAUAAUGGUAUCUGCUUCCAAUGGAGAGAAAUGAGCCUGCAUUGGUUCCACAGUGGUAUAAGUUUGCAAAUGGGAGCAGUUCCAACAAUACCUUGCGCGUCAGCACUUCCAAACGUUCUGAUAAAAAUGGUAUGGGCUGUGGCUCAGGGGACAGAUUACUCAGUAACCAUGAUAAGAAUUUCAGGAGGAGUUUAAGCUCUAAUGGGUCUGCUGCUCAAGAUAGAGGUAAGUCUGCCAAAUCACAGGCUUACAGUAGUUUCCGUAGGUCUCAUGACAAAAACCAAGAGAGCGAUUUUGAUUCCUACGAUAGGGAAAAUAGGUCACUGUUUGUUGACAAUGGAUUAUACUAUCAUGAUUCUUUUCUAAGAGUUAGGACUGAAAAGGAUGCCUUUAGACGUUCCCAAUCUAUGAUAGCAGGAAGGAAACUUGACUCCUGGCCUGAACCACCUGUAAGUUGUGGGAAUAACACUAGUCCUUUGGGAAGUGUAAUUGGAAUCACUGACAGAAAAUUUGAGAAAGAUUUUCCAUCUCUUCAAGCUGAAGUCAGACAAAACUUCCCAGAUUCUGUUGAUGCAUUGACUCUUGGUCCUAAGACUGCUGUCCAUAGUCUUCCUGUUGCAACUCCUAUCAUCAAUGGAACUUCAGCUCUAGCUGAAGUAAGAGCUGAAGUGCCUGUAAAAGUUGAAACUGAUGGAAAUUUGCUUUCAUCAGCAACUGGAAACACAAUGGCAGAGACACUGACACAGAGACCUUCGCUAGUUGGUAAUGCUUCUCAGUCAUCUGUUGACACUCAGAGGAUUGAAGAACUUACUCUAAAAAAAUGCAAACAGCUGAUACCUGUGACUCCUGUGCUGCCUAAAGCCUUGAAUUGCAACUUAUCAGAGAAGGCAAAAUCCAAGAGUGCAAGGGGUGGAGGUGGAGAUUUUAGUUCUUUUGCAAAGGGUGGCCAUCAGAUAAACCUUGUUGGCCGAACACCAGCUAGAUCUGAUAUUGCAAAGACGCAUCAUGUUGGAAACUUUCAAGUGCUAAACCGAGAAAAGAACAUCUCACCUAUUUCUGAAGACAGUUCCAGUCUUGGCAAAGCCAAUGACCAUGUUAGGCUUGUUCCAUCUGCCACAGUUGUUUCUUCCAAGAGGCAAUCCUACCAAAAGCUUAAAGGGGACAGCAAAAAUGGUUUGUUAACACGAGCCUCUGUCGGGGAACAAAAACUUCUUUCUUAUGCACAGAAGAGGAAUGAUUUCUUCAAUCUAUUAAGGAAGAAAUCAUUAAAUCCAACAGGCUCUAUUCCGGAGCCAGAUUCUCUUGGACCAGCAGAGGACCUGCAAAGUGCCUCCUCAGACAGUAUACAGAACUGCCAACCUGGCUUGGAUUGUUCAGCAGAAAAUAGAAAUUUUAGUACCGAUGAGCCUGAUAGACUCUAUGCUGAAAUUGAAGAAUCUCACACAUAUUUAGACUCUAUUCUUGACCCAGAGGAAGAAGAAGCCUUCUUGAGGUCUCUUGGGUGGGACAAAAAUGCUGGUGAAGAAGGUCUGUCACAAGAGGAGAUCGAUGCUUUCCUCAAGAAGUACGAAACACACACACGGCGACCAUUGAAGAUCUCCAUCAGCUAGAUUUCGUAAUCCAGGUAUUUGGAGAACAUAGAACAUGAGUUGUUUGAGUAGCAAGCUGGCGAGGAGUAUUAAUCUGUUAUUUUAAUGGUUUGUCCUUAAGUUUUAGAUAAAUGAUGUAUUUUUUCGUUCU